CAGGAGCAGCUCGCGGGGUCCGGAGUGGCGGACUAGCAGAGUGAAGAUCACCUGGAACCCCGGCAGAGCCCCCCGGGAUGCUGUGGACAUGGCCUCCGGAGACCCACAACAGAGUAGCCCAGUGGCAGAGGAGAUCCUGGGCUUCCUGGACGCCUUCCUCAGCGACUUCCCAGCCCCACUGAGCCUAGAGAGCCCUUUGCCAUGGAAGGUCCCAGCAACAGUGCUGAGCCAGGAGGAGGUGGAGGGUGAGCUGGCCGAGCUGGCGAUGGGCUUCCUGAGCAGCAGGAAUGCUCCGCCACCACUGGCUUCAUCUCUGGCCCAUGAGGCCAUUUCCCAGCUGCUGCAGACGGACCUUUCUGAAUUCAGGAAAUUGCUCAGACAGGAGGAGGAGGAGGAGGAAGAAGAGGACAAUGAGGAAGAUAAGGCCCCCGUGACCUUGCUAGAUGCCAAGGACCUGGCACGAAGUUUCUUUAACCGGCUCUGGGAAGUGUGCAGCCAGUGGCAGAAGCAGGUGCCUCUGAACGCCUGGGUUCCUCAGCGGCAGUGGCUAGUCUCCAUCCAUGCCAUCCGGAAUACUCGCCGCAAGAUGGAAGACCGCCACGUGUGCCUUCCUGCCUUCAACCAGCUCUUUGGCCUGUCUGACCCCGUGGACCGAGCCUACUUUGCUGUGUUUGAUGGUCACGGGGGGGUGGACGCUGCAAGGUACGCUGCUGUACACGUGCACGCCAACGUGGCCCGCCGGCCAGAGCUGCCCACAGACCCCGCGGGAGCCCUCAGAGAAGCCUUCCGGCACACGGAUGAGAUGUUCCUCUGGAAAGCCAAGCGAGAGCGGCUACAGAGUGGCACCACGGGUGUGUGCGCUCUCAUUGCGGGGAAGGCCCUGCACGUCGCCUGGCUCGGGGACUCCCAGGUCAUCCUGGUACAGCAGGGACAGGUGGUGAAGCUGAUGGAGCCACACAGACCGGAGCGACAGGAUGAGAAGGAGCGCAUCGAGGCGCUGGGCGGCUUCGUGUCUCACAUGGACUGCUGGAGAGUCAACGGGACCCUAGCCGUGUCCAGAGCCAUUGGAGACGUCUUUCAGAAGCCCUACGUGUCAGGAGAGGCGGACUCAGCCUCCCGAGAGCUGACGGGCUCCGAGGACUACCUGCUGCUGGCCUGUGAUGGCUUCUUCGACGUCGUCCCCCACCAGGAGAUCGCGGGCCUCGUUCAGAGCCACCUGGUCAGGCAGCAGGGCAGUGGGCUGCAGGUCGCCGAGGAGCUGGUGGCUGCAGCCCGGGAGCGGGGCUCCCACGAUAACAUCACAGUCAUGGUGGUCUUCCUCAGGGACCCCCGAGAUCUACUGAAGGGCGGGGCCCAGGGGGCAGGAGACGUACCCGCUGGCCUCGCAGAGCCAGGGACCAACACUCUACAGAGAAGCUAGGAGGUGCAGGCCCCCUGCCCCCACCCCAUCACCCUCCCCCUCAAAUGCCUUAGGACCCGACAGGCGGCGGUGGGCAGGUGGGUGCCACCCUCACAGUGCUUUCCCAGGGCCCCGAGAUCCCUGUGUGCUUGCAUCGGCCCAUCCUGGUGGCUGUGGAACUGCACUGGGCGGUGGGGGCUGUGCCCUGCUCAGACAGGAAAUGGGAUGGCCCAGUUCUCCGAAGGAGGCCUAGGGAAGAGACCUCACCAAAGAGAAGACGACUUGGGAAGUGGAGGGACUCUUGCUCCCAGCCCCAUUGGGUAGGGGCGGGACCAGAGGCCUCAGGCAGGGGCCACAGCCAGACCAAAGACACCGGGCAUGCGCAUGGGGCAGCAGGAUGCUGCAUGAGUCCCUGGGCAGAACCAGGAGCCAGGAAACGGAUGUUUCCAAGUGCGUCCCAGCCCUCCUUGGGUGUCUAGCGCAGGUUUCUCAUUUGCUCCUCACUGGCCGUGGCUGGGAGGCUCAUCUCCACAGAUGCGCCUGGCCUGCUGAGCCAGUUUCCCAAACUGGGGAAAGCAGCCCUGCUGGGGAGGAGGGAGCACCUGAGUUCUGGUCUGCAGUGGAUGCUCAUGGCCCCCAGCCUCCCUGGGUCCCUCCCCGUCCUGCGCAUAUCCGGGGAGGGGAAGGUCAGAACGCAUGUGUCUUCUGUUUGUGGUCUUUUUUUUUUUUCCAGGGCAGUCUAACUCAGAAGCAGUAUUUCAGGUUUUUGUCUUUGUUUUGUCAGUGCCAAGGUGAUCUGUUGUGUCACGUAACUUAAGCAGAGCUUAGCAUUAUUUUAUUCUCAGAAAACUUAAGUAUUGAUAUUUUUCUUUGGAAGAAAUUUCUUUUGCAGUAUUACUGAAUUUUUUUUCCUAAAUCAGGAUCUAAACAAACACUUUUCCAGGUGGUGUUAAUAAGCCAUUCAAGUGCCUUAAACAGCUUUAGGUGAGGCUAGAACUGCCAGGCCUGGGAUGGAUUGUAAGAGGCAUGUUUAAGUUUUUACAAAAGCAGGAUUUAUUUUGUUAUAGUGGCAUGAUUUUGGCUAGAAUUCUUCCCCGCUAGAGUUCUUUCCUGAUGCAGUUUGCUGCUGAGAGUCAGCAAAGUGGCCUGAAAGAGCAUGGGCUAUGCAGCACAGCUUGGGCCAGACCUAGGGGCUCUGGAAGUUCGGGGUGACCAUGGCCCUAGCCAGCCUCCCUACACACCUCGGUCCUGCUGCUCAUGUCUCUGGCUGGUCCCCAGGCUGAGCGACUGAGCUCCGUGAGCGGGCUCAUUUGACUGGAAUGUCCUAGAACAUCUUGUUUUGGUAAUUGAAUUGGUUUCAUUGGGAAACACGCUUAUGAGGCCUUGGCAAGUCCGGAGGCAGCCUGGGGGGUUCUGGCUCUGUUUGGAGCCCUGUCCGACUGCUCCACAGUCCCCAAAAUCCCUCCUCCUGUCUCCUGCCCACCAUGGCGGCACCCUCUGCUGCCUUGCUCUGCCCAUAGCCUGACCACUUGGGGGAGAGCUCUACGUUCCCUAUCAUGCCCUGGGCAGGUGAGGCUCAGAGCUACGAAACUUGGGUGACUCAGGCUACUUACAUCCAAUGAGGCAGAUACGGCACGUGUUUUGAGCUGGAAGUGGCAGAGCUGGGUGAAGAGUGGGGUAGAGGUCAAGGGCCCAGAGAGAGGGGUCUCUGUGGGAGGACCCAGGCUAACAGGUCUAGGAAGAGCAGUGGGGGGCUUAGGAGGCUCGUGGAGACUGUUGCUGGGAGGUGGGCAGCAGGAGGAAGCUUGGCACUGGGUCCCCCAGGCCAGAAUCCACCUGCAGUAGCGAGGCUCCAGGAAGGUGGGUACAGUGAGGACCCCGAUCCCAGCUGCACCAAAGGGAGCUCUGCCGAAGAGACGUGGGCGAUGGGAGGUGGGAGAGCCUUGGCGGCCCUCCUCAGCCCAGGGAAGGGCAGACUUGGUGAGAGCCGCCCCCCUGAGGGCAGCAGGCUGUGCAGCAGAGAGGGAGAGAGAGAGCCCAGGGCAGGUGGGAGUUGGGGGAGGCUGCUCACAGGCUCAGUAUUUACCGCUACUCCCACAGCAGGGAGGAAGAAGCCAAGAUGAUGCGGCCAAUGCCGCACUCAAGGGCUCACAACAGAAAUAGUAUCUUAAAUGUGGUCACUGCGGUUCAAAGGUUUGGUGGGAGCCAACAAUGACCGGUAUUGCCCCACUUAAUCUGAAGGCCCCUCUUUGGCCCCUCCCAGCACAGGGCUGGCAAGAGGUGGCAUGUGGCCCCGUCCUUCACUACUAGCCUGGCUGCCCCUGGCCAUGACCUUAACAGAAGGAAGAGGUGUGGGCUUGUUUUUCUCCUGUCUUUGCUAAUUCUUAUUCUGGGAUUGCCACCAAGAGUAGGGCUUCUUCACCCGUGAAGUCUGGUCUCACCAAGUGGUGGUCUGAUUCCUGCCCGGGCUUGAGGCUCCACCGGGAGAUUUCUCCAGGCUUGUCCCAGUGCUCACCCCUCUCUAGGAGAGGCCCGUGCCCUCUGGUGCUGCUCAGCCUUGCCUUGGGGUGGAGGGAGCCCUUGUUCCCACUGCACAGAUGCUGGCUUUGUGCAAGCACCUAGGCACAGAGGCCUCUUCCCUCUUGACUGGGUCAGACUGGGAGUCAUCGGGCGUCUUCAGCCUCUGAAGCUCCUGGCCCACCUCCUUGUCAGGCCACAGUCCCAAGGAGGCCUCUAGCCAGGAUCCCAGGUCCGGAAGCCUCAGCCCCCUUCUCAAAUCCCUGUUUUGCCACUAGCUCAUUGUAUGAGCUGAGCAAGUCGUUGAGCCUCCUUGGGUCCCAGUUUCUCCUUUAUAGGACACAGGGUUGCACUGAGUCUGUGCAGCAGAUCCUGGAAUUUUGGAGGUUUGGGGCCCAUCGGGGGCAAGCCUGGCACAUCCCAGAGAGCUGCUGCCAGUGCUGAGGGAACCCUCCCCCUCUGCUAGCGGGAGGGUGGUUAAGUAUUAUUAGUGUCUAUUCUUAUAAUUAAGUGGGUUGGAAAGGAAUGGAGCUACAGUUGCCAGCCGUAUAUGGAACACAAAAGCUGGAGACAGGGAGCCCUGCUUUUACAGGUAGGGCUGAUCCCAAGCCAGCAGGAGUGGGAGAGGCAGACAGGCUCAGCUUCCUCCCAAUGCAGGUGUGAGGCCGAAGGGCAGGGCACAGCCACAGCCAGGGUCUCCCUUGCCUUUUAGUCAAGCUCCCAACCUGCUGAAAUCCAGAGGCAGACGCAUGGCCUCCCUGACCCAGCUUGUCCUCCGCAUCCAGGACUAGGAAAGGGGUGUGCUUUAUUGGGGACAGUGAUGGGGGCAGGCCCUCUGAGGUCCUGAGCCGACCUUUGGCCACAGUCUCGUCUCCCCCUACCCUCUGAAGCCAGCAUGCGGCCCUCACCCUUACCCCUACAGGGCCAGUUCUGAGUUCCGGCUUGGGAGUCUGGCCACCUCAGCAGUAUUCCCAGGGUUUGGGGCACAGCUCUGGCGGUUCCUGGGCCUGGCCCCGACUAGAGCCAAAUGGGAACCUUAAGGGCCUGUGCAAAAUAAGCUGUUUUUGGUUUGGUUCUGCCCGUAGCCCGAAGGAGGCAGCCCCAGGAGGCCCGCGCUUUUCGCCGAGGCUCCACAGCUUUGCCAAAUGUGCCGAGCUUUGCCAUUCACACGCCAUGCCAGCCUUGCCAAGGGUUUAUUUGUGCUCGUCUCAGCAGGGCUCCUGGGAGGUGUUCUCUGCAAGGGGCAUCUUGUUCCAAGACGGAACCCCUUUUUCCCCUGUGUGCAGGGGCAGGUCCCGGGAUGAGGGGGCCAGAAACAUGGUCUCUUCCCAGGGGUCACUGCGCUCAAGUGUCAAUAAACCACGAGUUUUGAAACCCUA